AUGGCCUGGGCCGCGGCACGCGUGAAGCCACGGGCUUUGGGGCCGACGACCUCGGCGAAGCUCUGCUCAGGAAAGCUAGUUGCCGCCGGGAGAGAGCCCAGGUCUGUGGUUCUCUUCAGCGUUUUCUCCAUCUCGGUGCCUCACUGCCCCAGAGCCUUUACGGAGCCGUGCCUCGGCUCGCGGUGCUCCUCGCGGUGCGUGUGUUUCGUUCCUGCGCGCCUCGUCGAGGCUGUCGCUUCCUCUCCGCCCUCUCAGGGAGACUCGGCGCCUUUCUUCGCGCUGGGCUUCGGCUCCGAACAGCGCCCAACAGGUGUGGGUCCAGUCCAAGACUUCUGUAAGGCUUUGUGCGGCGUCUUGCAGGAGCGGCAAGAGUCCGCCCGUCGUCUGCUAGAAGACAUCGUUGGCGUGGUGAGCUCGGCAGGUAUCGAGGCGGGUGCCGUGCGUGGCCUCCAAGCCUUGCGGGCUACGCUGCUCACUGCCGUGGAGGCCGCCCAGAGCGACGAGCUGCGGGAGGCGCUGCAGGCGUUGCAAGGCCUCUCCCGUGGAGAGCCUGUGGAAGACGCUCCCUUGGCACGGCUCCUGCGGCGGCUCUUCCAGAGGCUGGGGAGCACUUACGUGAAGCUCGGGCAGUUCAUCGCGUCCUCUCCCACGCUGUUUCCGGCGGCCUAUGUGCGGGAGUUCCAGCAAUGCCUGGACCGCACGGAGCCCACGAGCUUCGAAGAAAUCAGGUGCAGCAGGGCGGAAAGAGCAGGGCGGCCGCUGAGUGCCGUGUUCCGCUCCUUCGAGGAGGAGCCGCCUCCGUCCGGAGUGGAUCAGGUGCUCGUGACGGGGGAGCGCGUGGCUGUGAAGGUGCAGAAGCCGGGCGUUCAGCAAGUCUUGCAGGCCGACCUGGGCUUUUUGUUCCUCGCGGCCCGCACGUUGGAGCUGCUGGGCCACGUAAAGCGAAGCGAUCGCGAAGUCGCGAAGCGACGCGCGGCCGCGUUUCUGAGCCCCGAGCUCGCCAGAACCUCCGUGGUCGACAUCCUUUCAGAAAUCCGCAGCUCCAUGUUGGAUGAGUUGGACUUCACGAAGGAGAUGGAUAACCUCGAGACGUUCCGGAGUUUCUUGCAGCAGAACGGCCUCGAGCGCAUCGCCGCAGCACCGAGGACCUUUCCGGAGGCGUCGGGGAAGAAGGUUUUGACCAUGGAGUUGUUCUCCGGUGUUCCCCUCACGGAUCUCGAAGGCAUUCGGCAGUACAGCAACAACCCAGAACAGACAUUGAUCAACGCCCUAAAUGUCUGGUCACUGUCUGUGAGGGCCUGCGAGAUUUUCCAUGCCGAUGUCCAUGCAGGAAACCUUCUCGUGCUAGAGGAUGGCCGCGUGGGAUUCAUCGACUUCGGCAUCGUUGGCCGAAUCCCGCCCAAAAUCUGGUCUGCAGUGGAGGGCUUUGCCCUGUCCUUUGCUGCGAACGAUGCGCCCGGGAUGGCCAAGAACCUCAUUGCAAUGGGAGCCACGGAUCGCUUCGUCGACGAGUCGGCCCUGGCAUCCGACGUGCAAAACGUCCUCUCAAGGAUCGCUGGCUUGCAGCCUGAGGUGGUGCUGCGGGGCAAAGGCGACGGCCGCGUAGUGGCCGAGGUGGGCUUGGACAACGACCAGGUCACGGAGCUGUUGCUCGAGGCGUUUGAGCAUGCCUUCGCAGCAACAAGAGCUCUGCUUUUGCGGCCGAAGCAUCGCUUCGGGGAGAGGCCUUGUACUUCGACCGCUAUACAAAGCUUCUGGCGCCGGAAACCGCAGCAUGGGGGGAAGGGGGCCAAAGGGUGCGUGGUGUGGAGCAUUGCGGCCUUGGAGGACCUCGACCCGUUGCGAGACUCCCGGGUAGCGCUGGGCAAAGGCGAGGCGAGAGACGAGAAGUCGCAUCUGUUUGGAAUUUCCCCAGAGCGUGACUGCUGUCACUGGGUUCAGAGCACGGAGUCCCGGAGCCCAGUGCAGCCAUGGGGGCUUGGCAGAGUGCGAGCGGAGACAGCGGAGACAGCGGAGCUUCGAAGUCGAAGAGCGGCAGCGGCGGAACCCGCGGAAACCGCUCUUCGCGGCUUGAGCGCCGAAGUGCAGGAGUGGAUCGUCGACGGACCCGUGCAGGAAGUGCUGGGCAAUCUGGGAUGCUCCUCGAAGACUUUGGCAGCUGCGGGGUUGGGUUCCGACGUCCGAUCUCUGACGGUCCUGCACAUUGGCUUUACCCCCAUGGCGUUGUUGCCGGAGCGCUUUCUGGUCCAAUUCAAGUCCAGCCGGCAAAGGUUCGGGACUGGCUACUCCAGUGCAUUCGCUAGCCUCUACUAUCUCCGUGGGGAUGCUGCUGCACGCCAGAUGGUGAUGGAGCCGUGGAGGAAGAACGAUCACGACAAGUUCAUCUAUGAUAUGGGCGAGUGCACCAUGAAAGCCAUUACAAGCCACUGGAUGAGUGGAUCGACAGAGAAGACGCAGGCUCUCAAUGUCGGCUUUGACCCUCUGGCCGAGUUUCUUCAGAGUUGGCAGGAUGCACGAUGCCGCCGCGUGAGCGAAGAAGACGCCUACUGGAGGAAACAUGUCGAUGCCCGGGAUGCCGACAUAGAUGCCGAAGAUGCUGCGAUGGCCUUUACGGCCAGCACACCCUCUUCGUUGCGGCCGAAGCACGGUGCCGUUCCGGGCUGGUUCGUGGAACCUUCGAGCGGCUGCACAGAGAUUCUCUGUGAGGCGACAGUUGGUCAGUUGAAGAUCCUGCGUCUCCUCAUCAACCAGGACGGGGAGCCCAUCCGCGCCGCCCUCCACCUGCAACGGGCCAGCCCUCUGCACGAAGAGGUGGAAGAGUUCGACGUCACAGCGCGGGAGCUCCAGCCCGGCGAGCCGUUGCAGUGA